UAAAAAAUAAAAAAAAAUGGAUACUCAAAUAGGUUGCGCUAUCAAAGCCAGCAAUGAACUAGUAAAAAAUUUACAUCGUGAUGGAUUUGAUCGUGGAUGUAUUGCGACAUUCAACGAUUAUAUGACGGUUAGGCAGACCUUCACUAAAAAUAAAGCAUCACUUCAUCGUUCUCUUAACGGGAUAAAUAAUGCUAAAAAUGGCACUCGUCUUUAUGACAGUAUUGUUGACGUCAUACAAAUCUUUCGGAAUAGAGGUGAAGUUUCUCGUCCCUGGAUUUUGGUUGUCGUGACUGAUGGAGAUGAUAAUAUAAGCAGUCGAAGUUUACAUAAAUGCGCUCAAGAAACAUCAAGUCUAUUUACUACUAAGGAAUCUAAUAAUUUCUUGUUCCUUGUCGGAGUUGGAGAUGGUGUGAAUUCAGAAAAAAUGAAUGAGAUGGCUAGUGCUGGCAACUUCAUCUACAUCCAUGCCAAAGAUUUUUUCCUUCUUGAACUUAUAUUUUUGAAAAUUGCCAACAAAAUUACCACUUCCUUAUCUCUUUCGCUUGGGAACCUCACCGUCGGUGACCAUUCCGCGUCAUGGGCCGAAGUUCAAAGACACAGAAAUCUCAGCAAAGUAGCGAUCGAUUAUGCUCUCUUGAUUGACGUAUCGGCAUCCAUGAAUAGUCGUGUAAUAAGUUCGAAUAGUGUAACAAAUCUGAAUAGUGUAAUAACUCAUGCAACUCGUGCAAUUGGACAAUCCUUUGACUCUAGGAUUAUUAAUACUACAAAUGUAGCAUUAUUAGCAAGUUGGAUUGAUAAGAAACGAGGAAACCCUUAUAAUUUUAGUGAUUUACCUUUUGAAUUUAAGCUUAUUCAUCGUGCUAGUCGUGAUGGUUUUGGGAAUGACAAAUUUCAUAACAAUUGUGAUAAUAAGGGGCCAACCAUCGUUGUUAUUAAAGUUAAAUAUUCAGGAGAGAUAAUUGGCGGAUAUAAUCCAUUAGAAUGGCGUUGUGUUAAAAUAAAUGAAUGGAGUACUCUAUUGCCUAAUAAUCAUGAUUUUUAUAUUGAUCAACAACGUAGAACGUCAAAGAGUUUUAUAUUUUCACUAACAAAUCAAACAAUUAGUCGAGUAACUUUAAAUAACGAUGCGAUCAUUUGGAGUAGAAACAAAGGACCGUGUUUUGGCUUACAAGAUUUAUGUAUAACAAAUAAUUUUGGUAAAAGCGAACAACGUUCAUACGAAAAUAGAAUUAUUAACAAAAAAAAUUUUGAAAUAGAAGAAUAUGAAGUAUUUCAAGUUAUUGAUAAAAGACCUAGAUUUUCUAUUUUCUACUUUAUUUUUAUGAUUUUUAUGGGGAUUUUUAAAAUUAUUAAGUUUAUAUUUAUGAGAUUAUUUUUGGGAAUUUAUUGGACGUGUUAUAUUGUAUAUUGGAUUAUAUAUUGGAUUACAUAUUGGACGGUUAUAACACUAAUUUGCGUUGCAGGCAUAGGGUUGAUUGUUUCUAUUCUUGCACUUCCUAUUAUACUGUAUCUGUAUCUGGAAGCUGAGAUAGCUUGGGUUAUUCUUUCUGCCUUAUUUAUAUAUGCUCCAAUUUUGGGGCUUAUUGGGGAAUACUUGGUAAUUUGAUGUUCCAAUCACGUGAUAAUAUUACACAUGUGGUUCAGAUUUUGUUUUUAAAUAAAUACGUAUUUUAUGAUAUAUGUAUACAUAUAUUUUUUUAUUUCAUUUAUUCUGUAUUAAAUUCAUUGAUUAAAACUCGAAAUUAUUAUCUUGAAUU